AUGGAACCUAUGCGGCGUAACCGUCAUCGACGACGCAGCGACUGGACUGCAACUGAAGAGGGUAGCAGCAGUUCGCACCCUAGACGCCCUCGGUUGAGCCCUAAGCCGAGUACGAGUUCCAAACCGGCGGCUUCACUCCCUUCAUUUGCCGAAGGUGCCGCCGACGAAGAGACAGAACCCAGCCAAGUUGUUGACGAAGAGAUGGCAGAACCUAAUCACGCCGCUGGUAGUGAAACGGUAGAACUGGGACAAGGUGCCGUUGGGAACGUGGUAGAGCUAGAUCAUCAAGACAAGCUCCUUUUUUUUGCCUGUCACACUGUGCUGCACGGUACCAGCACCGCGGAGCUAAGACGAAUGAUGAUGUUGAUAGAAGUGGCCACAGGAAGGGCAGCAAAUAUUUGUGUGGCGGAUGUGACGAGAUUCGUGGAUAAUCUGAAAAGUGACAUACGCUUAAGAAAUCACGCAUUUUGCAGUUCAUGCUUUCGAACACUGGUGAAUAAACGCGCCUUGUGCGCCAAUCUCAGCUGCGACCUAUAUGGAAUUCAUCCCAAGCGUUCGAAGUCGUUGAGAAGGCCAUCAUUGUCUUUGCUGGACAUUCGGCCACAGAUGAAGACCGUACUUGCUACACACUUGUCCCUACUGAUCAAUGUACAUCGGCGACUCCAUGAAAGUUAUUUUGAUUCUGGGACGCGCUCCGAAGCCACUGAUUUCCCCAUGUUCAAGAACAAUGUUGAGUCGCCAGACGAGUUCUCCAGACAUAUAAUGAGCCUGCAGUUGACCAUAGCCACCGAUGGAUUUGUACCAGCACGGCUAAGCAGGCAGGAGCUUUGGCCAUUAUAUGUGCGCGUUGAUGAUCUUCCAUCGAAAAUAGGAAAUAAUUAUCUCAAUAUAAUCAUGGCUGGUGUGCUGUGGACGUCAAAAACACCCCACGAAGAGCUGUGGGAGGGUUUAUGGACUCACCUGGCUACAGAGCUGGCUCUGGUGAACUCUGAGCCCCUGCAGAUCCUUGACAAUGUAACGGGCAAUCUGUGGACUAUCAGACUAAGACUGACGCAUGCAGUCGUGGACUACAAGGGACUAAAAGACAUAUUUGGCAUACCUCGCUGGCUGUCCCGUUAUGGCUGCCAUAAAUGUCUUUUUCCGGGAAAUUCUGUUGGACGAAAACUGAACUGGUACUGCAGCGAACCCCUACGUCUCACGAAGAGGACUUCAGCAAAUAUAUUAGAGGAUGCAGAGCUUGGACGGAAUGGUCUCAUGAGGAAAACUUCUGCGAUGGAUCUUUUCACGCCUGCGCAAUGUUGUGCAGAUGCCCUACACGUUAUAAGUGAAGGAGUCACUCAGGAUCGCCUAAGGGAUUUGCUUUUUCGCUCCUCAAAAGUUGAUGAAAUGAAGCUUCGACCAGAAAUCGGUGAGCUCAAUCGAGUCCUGAUGAACAUCACCAACUACACGUACAGCUUGAGAUUCAUUCUUUGUAACGAAGAUUUACCCUCCAUGACGGGAGCUGAGGUUGACGCGUUCGCAAAUGUGGUGUUUCCGCUCGUAGGAGCACUAGCGCUGUGUCCUUCUGCUCUUAGUAGUGCCUCUAUCGUGGGCUAUUGGUUUUGCGUGAAAGAGCUACAGGCCGUGGAAGAUCUGACUACAGUCAAGAUCCGCGUUAUACAAUCUGUGGCGCUGCACCUGAAACAAAUUUGGAGUCGCCUUUCACAAGAAAUUUUCACAAUCAAAACACAUAACUUCUUCGACCAUUGUAUAUUGGAUGAGAUUGAGCAGCAUGGCAGCCCAUAUUUGUGGUCUGCAGCACCUUUCGAGGCUAUUCACCGUGUUCUGCAGAUACCCCACAAUCAGUAUGUGACGAAUUCGGGUGCAAGAGUUCUCACCAGAUUCGUGACCAUCAAGAAAUUAGUGACACUCAUGGAAGAGGCUGUAGAAAGGAAUCACUCGGAAAAUUUUGCUAAACUGCUUCGCGAUGUGCGAAACGAAGAGAAAAGAUUCCCUCUCCAAGUGCAACUCGGAGCAGGUUAUUAUGUCCCACAACAUUCCGAAGUAAAAGAAGAUUCACUAUGCGAAGAACAUCGAGCAAUUUUUCAGCGUCAUCAUAGGGGUCUUAGCGAUGUUAAAUUAUACUCGCGUUUGGUCGUCAGCGGAAAAGUAUUAUCUUCCAAGGCGUAUUGGCGAAGAACCACUGACACAGAUGCCUCUAGCUUUUACCUCAGGGUUUCAAGCGGGCAUAGUACACUAAUUUCUUACGGAAAAUUGCUCUUGGUCAGCUAUCAUACGCUCACACGUAGUUCGUUCGCUCUUAUUGAGCAUUACUCAACGGUCGACCCUUUUGCAAAUUUGAUGGAAGUUUUGGGAACCUUGGAAGACUCAGACAGAGCUCGGAGACUUCUUCGCAUUGUCUCUUUAAAUAAUUCCCAUUUCCAUGAAGUUAGUUUCCUUGGCAUCAAAUGCACUGAUAUCUUAAGACCCGCAGUCUUCAUUAAUAUGCGGAAUAGAAUGUUUGCUCUCAAAUUGUAA